AUGGAUGCCGAUCAGCCGUUUGUUGUGUUGAGAUCUCAGCCUGGCAUCAAGGAUGUGGCGUCACAGGCCCCUCGAGAACCGCCACGCAUGAGUGCCCAACACAGGAGCCAAGAAGGGGACUCGUCCAACAAUCGCAAGUGGUCAGCUUUGGCGUGUGCUGCGGUAUGUGGUGCUGCGACCGUGAGACGGACAAAGCGCACGCAGAAGCGGCCAGUUGUCAGCCGUCAAGUUUACAAGGUUGAGAUAGAUGUCCCUGAUCCAAAAGAAGUCGAAAAAGAGAUUGAAACAAUUGCAGGGCCCACAAUUGCAAAAGACUUGCAACAAAUCGGUCGUGCUGCUUCUGAGAUGUUGCACUCGGCAGAGAAAGCACUCCCCAAAGUGACGCUUCCGUCGCUUCCCAAAGGGAUGUUUCCAGAAGUUCCUCCGGAGCUGACAGCGGCAGCAAAGCAGUUGGCCUCGAAAGUGGAGGCGGCUGUGGGCCCCAAUCUAACGGACCUCAGCAAGCUAGCCGCCACCCACUUGCCUCCGGACAUCGCCAAGGUCUUGCUGCAUCCGCAGGUGCUGGAGCCGGCCAUGAUGCCAGCGGGCGUGGGCGCUUUUGUGGUGUGGCUCCUGGCUUUGCGCAGGGGCCCACAGCCCUGGUUGGAGGAGCUGCCUCGUGAGUACGACUAUGGCCGGAUCACUGCCUACUGGCAGCGCAGGCCGUUCAAGCUCCUCACCCGCUUCGUAGAGGCUGGCAUCAAGGUCGGGGGGUUCCUGUUCGCCCUGAAGACCGACGAGUGGACCGGCGCGGAAGAUAAAAUGCGGCCGCAAAGGGCGAUCGAAGCCAGGGAGUUGAUCACCGAUCUCGGGGUGACCUUCAUCAAGAUCGCACAGGUUUGGGCGUCGCGCCCGGACAUUCUGCCCAAGGAGUACUUGAAGGAGUACGAGAAGCUUUUGGAGCAGGUUCGGCCCUUCGGCCGUGACCUCGCGCUGGAGACCUUGCGAAGGAGCGUGGACGGCAGCAAGGCGGCCAUCGACUU